AAGCCAGCCCGUCCAUACAUAGGACGAUCUCAGAUGAGCCAAGGACGGCUAGCUCGUCUGACCCUGCUAGUGGCUCAGAGGAGCCAUCAACCACUUCGUCUGAAAUAAGACGACGGCUAGGUCCCCUUUCUGACCCUAGGUUCAUCCUGGCCGACAACACAUGGUUAGGACGAUUAGGCUCGGACCUUAGUCCUUUUUCGGUGGCAAUGCCCAUGCCUGGCUACCACUUUGUACUUCCCGGCCGAGAGGACACUAUUUUAGUGCUCCUCCAGGCCAUUUUGCAGUUUAUCGGCUGGCAUUAGAUGCCGGCCUGCGCUUUCCCCUUCACCCUUUCAUCAGCCAACUUCUCCAGUAUUACGGCAUAGGACAUAACCAGCUUGCCCCUAACUCUUGGCAAAACAUUCUUACCUUUCUGGCCGUCUGCAAUUUAAAGGGAAAGGACCCUUCUCUGGCCGCUUUCACCCAUAUUCACUACGUCGCCAAGGUCCCUAGGACCAUUGAAGGAAGCUGGCUGAGCGUGUGCAACCGUCAAGGAUUCUUGACGUCUUGGGAUAAGACUUCCAAGAUGCACUCAUGGAAGGGCGAGUUCCUAUUUGUCCAGGCGCCCAGUAAAGCGGUGGCAAACCGUCUUCGGUAUUUUAGCCGGACAACCACAAAUACUGGACGGAUGGCCUCAUACUUGGAACUGGAGAGUAACUCUGCCGAAGAGAUGGUGGAGUACUUCCGGGUUUCGGAGUAUACUAUGGAAGAUGUUUCUUUCAAAGGUCCGUCCAAUUGGAUUCCUUUUAAGGAAAUGUUUUAUCAUGACAACUUCCUGGUCGCUGCCGGCUUAAGGCAGGACGAGGACAGAGAUUCAGCCAGGAGCAAGCUCAGGAAGUCUUGGAUAGGAGAUAUGAGCUCAUCCAGAUUCGCGGACACUCUAUGGAAGGAGUACAGCAAGUCAGGUGCCGAAAAGAGGGCCGACACCUUGAAAAAUGCCCCAACUUCAAAAGCUCUGGCCGAGAAAGCCGCUGCAAAGAAACGGCCAGCAGGCACCAGUGAAGCCCCUCCCUCAAAAAAGGCAAAGGGUUUUACUGCUAAGAGGAAGAAGACCACUCGGCCGGUUCCCAAGGUCGUGAUCGACCUUCCGGCCAAGGAGGAGACCAAAGAGGAGCCAGCUGAAGUUGACUCUCGAGCCCUGGUGGCCUAUACUGGUCCGGCUGAGCAACCCGAUUCUUCGCAACCUGACGAGGUUGUCAUUCUGGACGACGCUGAACAAUCUUCCAAGCCGGACGCGGCUGUGGACGGAUCCGCCUUUUCUGGGCCAGUGGCCCAACUGGUAGGCCAGAUGCCGGCCGCUUAUAGAACGGCUUCCCGUUCUUUGGUGAGUCCUACUAUUCCAACGUAG